AUGGCCUCGCCGUCGAGGUCUACUCAGGACGACCCUGAGUCUGAUACAGGCUAUGGACCAGGUCCAGCAAUUCACCACAUUUAUGACCAAGGUCAAGGUUCGGCUGAGGGAGCUGACAGCAAUAAUGAUUUACUCGAAAAUCCGUUCGCCGACUCUGCCAGUCCUUCUCCCUCAGCUCUCGACGUGAAUAGUCCACCUCAUCUGCAUACCACUGGAGGAGCAGAUGAAGCUGAAGCUGAAGCUGCUGCUGCUGCUGCUGCUGCGGCAAAGCGAGAAAAGGGACGCGUUAGAUUCAACAGCAAUGCAGCAGCUUCGAGACCUCCCGCCAUCAACUUUGAACCUCCUCCAAGGGUACCGGAGCGUAGGGAUACGCCUUCUCCAAAGUUGCGGCCAUCUAUCUUGCGAGCAAACUCGUCUGGGUCCGUGGCUACUGCCAAAGAUCUUGGUAUUGAUUUGGAUUCUACCUCGGAAAAGGCUCUUUCGGCGGCUGUUGCUCAAGCAAGAGCUCAGCAGGUUGCGGCCAGGGUCUUGCGUGACUCUCCGCCAGGAUCCAGAGCCUCCAUGGAAUCUGUUGCCACGACUGUCGCUAGCGAAGGAGAUCAGCUCCAGAAUGGCUCUGAUAUUCCUCUGCGGAACCUUGCCGCCAAUGGAAAAGUUGCAGACAGCCAGACUCAAACUCCCGAGAACGAACCUGACCAGAGUGCACUAAAGGUGGAAGCGUACGACCUUGUCAGAUCGCACACUCGCCGAUUUGCAUCCACCACAGCAAACAACUCUCCAGCAGAUGAAGAAGCCAUAAUAGGCGCAGCAAACGUUGAACCCAGUCACAUGAAUGGAGGACUCUAUGACGGCGUGUACAACGUUCCCGCGCCUCAGCAAUAUCGAGGCAGUGUACUCUCGCAACUCCUGAAGCUGUACAAACCAUCCGACCCCGGCUUGCAUGGAGGUCACCAUUCCCGAAACUGGAGCUCGUCGUCCGCAGGUGCGGUAACGCCUCCUAGCUUGGAGUCUGGCACUGCGACACCUACCAGCUCUCGCAAGAAGUGGUACGAGGUCAAUCGCUCCCAGGAUACACUAGCAAACCUGGUAGAAGCUUCCACUCGUCUUGCCAAUCCAAAUAAACAAGCCCCGGAGCCCAAAAGCCCCGGCAAAAAACGACCUCACACCAAGCGGAGAACCAGCAGCAGCAAUCGACUCAGCGGCCACUGGCACAAAGAAGAGGCCCGUAUUACGGUACAUAUUGCUGAAACGCUGUCCCGUCAAGGAUACAUCAUCAAGCUUUGCCGAGCACUUAUGAUGUUCGGUGCACCUACCCAUCGACUAGAAGAGUACCUCACCAUGACAGCUCGCGUGCUUGAAAUCGAUGGGCAGUUCUUGUAUCUCCCUGGCUGUAUGUUGAUAUCAUUUGACGAUAGGUCGACCCACACGACUGAGGUCCGAAUUGUGCGUGCUACCCAAGGCAUCGAUUUGGGCAAGUUGAAGGAUGUACACCAUAUUUACAAAGAAGUCAUGCACGACGUCAUCGGUGUAGAAGAAGGUACUCGCCGUCUGGAUGAUCUUAUGGCGGCCAAGGACAAGUUUCGAUCCUGGUUCAGGGUUUUUGUAUUUGGACUGACGAGUGCGACGUGCGCACCGUUUUCAUUUUCUGCACGACUUAUCGAUUUGCCUUUGGCGUUUUGUUUUGGCUGCUUGGUUGGACUGCUGCAGUUGAUAGUAGCACCCAAGUCAAACAUGUACAGCAAUGUGUUUGAGGUGACGGCUACUAUUGUGGUUAGUUUUCUGGCUAGAGCAUUUGGCAGUAUUCGAGGAGGGGACCUGUUCUGUUUUUCGGCGUUGGCGCAGAGCGGAAUUGUGAUGCUUCUUCCUGGAUACUCUGUUUUGUGCUCGGCUCUCGAACUUCAAUCUCGCGCCAUUGUCCCUGGAUCUAUCCGCAUAGUGUACGCCAUCAUCUAUUCGCUUCUUCUUGGUUUCGGCAUCACAGUCGGCGCUGCACUUUAUGGCCUCUUCGACAACCACGCCACCUCGGCAACAACGUGCCAGAAUCCCAUUCCAUCACUCUAUAGCUUCAUCUUUGUACCCUUUUUUGUGCUGUGCAUCAGCAUUCUAUAUCAGGCUAAAUGGCGUCAGAUGCCGGUCAUGGUGUUCAUCGCCUUUACCGGGUAUAUUGUCAAUUUCUUCAGCAGCAUCAAAUUCGUGGCAAGUCCACAAAUCGCCAACACACUUGGAGCGUUGUCUGUGGGUAUUUUAGCCAAUUUGUACUCUCGCUUGCGCCACGGUGUCGCGGCUGCCACUCUCAUUCCAGCAAUAUUUGCACAGGUUCCUGGUGGCUUGGCAUCAACUGGAGGUUUGCUAAGCGGUUUGAGUACGGCUAAUCAACUCACCAACUCGUCCACGGUUAUCAAUGGAACGAGUACGGUGAGGUUCAACCAAGGAGAGUCGCUGAACACCGUUGUCUUCAACGUCGCGGCGUCCAUGAUCCAAAUUGCGAUCGGUAUUGCAGUGGGACUGUUUAUCAGUGCAGUGGUGAUUUAUCCAUUGGGCAAGAGACGAAGUGGCUUGUUUAGUUUCUAA